AUGGAAAACAAAUUAAACUGCAAAUCUGAGAUAUGGGGAGCCACUGGAGCACUGCUAGCGUAUGAUGACAUUACCAGGCAUAAAAACUUUAACCACCUAACUUCUAGUUCAGAGGAUGCUCAGCAACACCCCUACUCCAUCGUGGUUAUCACACUGACUGGGAACAAGAAUGGCCUAGAGUUCUGUCGGGAUGUGAAGAAACAAGGAGAGAUUUUUGCUCAAAGGCAUGGAGUUAUAUUCAUGGAGACAUCAGCCAAAAUAACCUACAAUGUUGAAGAGGCCUUCAUUAACAAAGCCAACUAUAUAUAUAGGAAGAUCCAACAGGGGUUAUCUGAUGUCCACAAUGAAGCAAAUGGCAUCCACAUUGAGUUCCAGCAGCCAAACUGGUCAUCGGUGGAACCUUUUGACUUUCAGCGGAACUCUCAUGAUUUAGGAUGUAACUCUGGCUGUUGCUAA